AUGGCCACAAUGCUCGCCCUCAAGCUCCUCUUCGCCUUCCUCCUCCCUCUGGUCUCCGCCCUGAAAUUCGACAUGCAAGCCCACCCGGGCCACGAAUCGCAAUCCAAAGAACGAUGUAUAAGAAACUUCGUCGCCAAGGAUCAACUGGUCGUCGUGACAGCCACCGUGAGCGGCAAUAGAGGCGAUGGACAAAUGCUCAACAUGCACGUAAGUCAGUCACUAAUUCCAAUCGCCCUAAAACCCCCAAAACCCAAAAAUCCAAAACCUCUCCCUCACAUACCGCUUUAUUCUUUUCUUACUUACACACUGGUGGUCAUGACGAACAGAUCAAAGACGCGCUGGGAAACGACUACGCGCGUCCCCGCGACGUCGCGGGCGAGGCCCGCUACGCCUUCACCUCGCACCACGACUCCGCCUUCGACGUGUGCUUCGAGAACAUCAUCUCGGGCUCCCACCAACCGGGCAUGCCGCCCUACCGCAGCAUCGAGCUCGACAUCGACAUCGGCGCCGACGCCAAGGACUGGUCGGCCAUCCAGGCCGGGGAGAAGCUCAAGCCCGUGGAGGCGGAAUUGCGCAGGUUGUCGGACGUCACCAAGGAGAUUGUCGAUGAGAUGGAUUACUUGCGCACUCGGGAGAUGAAGUUGCGGGACACGAAUGAGAGUACGAAUGAGCGGGUCAAGUGGUUUGCGAUUGGGACCAUGGGGAUGCUGGUUGCCUUGGGAGUCUGGCAGGUGGUCUACUUGAGGGCGUACUUCAGGAGUAAGCAUUUGAUCUAG